GUGGGUGUUCAUGGAAACAAGACAGGUGUGGGAGUGGCGUUAAAGAGACAGUGUGAGAGCUAGAGAGUUUGAGUAGCCUACUUUAUAACUGCUUUAUUGAACUAACAGUUGUACCAAAGGACUGCUGUGUAACAAUGACCAAAUCUUCAGGAGGACCGGUUGAGACAGACUAAAUCUUGGUUCAUUCCAGAAUAUAUAAGAUCUCUGCUAGUAGACGUUCUGGACUCAGAAUUAUCCGACUGAAAUGGUCCACAUUCCUCUCACCUGUAACUCAUGCCGUGAUGUCGCAUGAUCGUAAUCAGCAUGCACGUAUCUGCGUAGGAGAAAGGAGCAGCUUUUAAGACAGAAACUCAGUCUGUUCAGUGACGGCAGCUGGAUUAUUGACGGAUUUUACUAGAGUUGGGAUACCAGACACAGGUGAGGUAUGAAGAACCUCAAGAACCCUGAUAUGAACUGGAACGUAUGGGUCAUUCAACACCUGCUUGCAUCGCUUCUCUUUAAGGCAGCCUUCUCAUUUGAGUUCCAGGAUACUGUCCCCCACGGCCCCGUUAUAGCCGUCCAGGGACAACAGGUCCUCCUGCCUUGCAGCUUCCAAGUGAGCGGCAGCCUGGGCAGCUUGGUGGUCAUCUGGCACAGGGGGCAGGAGGUGGUCCACAGCUUCUAUCACGGGAGAGACCAGCUGGACCGCCAGAGCCGUCGCUAUGCCAACAGAUCCAGCCUGAUGUACUCCGACAUAGAGCGGGGGGAUUCCUCUCUGCGUCUGGAGCUCAGCAACAUGGAGGAUGAGGGAGACUACACCUGCUCUGUCAGCACGCUGCUGGGGAGCCAGAGGAAAACCUUAUCUUUGAAAGUAGCAUCUCUGUACGCUCAACCACAUUCAAACUUGAAAGUAUCUCCCAGCGGCUUGGAGCUGGUCCUGACUUCACAAGGAGGACGCCCUGCCCCCUGCGUUCAGUGGCUGGAUGACAGAGGAGAGGACAUCACAAACCACACAAGCACAGUCGUCAGGCAGGACACAGACGGACUGUUUACAGUGUCCAGCAACCUGACUCUGCAGCCAGCCGGCACCAGGAGCCUCUCCUUCAUCCUGAAGAACAGGAUCCUGGGCCAGGUGAUAAGGAGAGACUUCACUCUAGACACAGGUAUUGGUGCCAAGUCAUCAAGGAACCAUGACAGAGACAGAUGUGGGGUUGUGUUAUUCCUCGUGAUAAUCAUCUUCUUACAAGCAACAGCAUUAGUAUUGCAGAGAAGACAUGUCCAAAAAAGAAAACCAACAGCAUUGAGAACAGAACAUGUUUAAUCACCAAAGGAAACCCUGAUGUUCUAUAGUGCUGUUACAUAGCCUGACGUUGUCAUACUGAACACAUUUUUUUGUGGGCGGGGAGAAGUUGGGCUGGCAGCCAGGCUAGCUGUUACAUGGAAUGCACUGUAAAUUUGACUGUAACAUAUUUUAUAUUUAAGGAUAGG